AUGGGCACCCGGCAGACCAAGGGCAGCCUGGCCGAGCGAGCCGGCGCCGGCGCCGCGUCCGGCCCCCGCCGCGAUCGGCCCGACCUGUGGGCGUCGUGGCUGCUGCGCGCCGGGGACAAGGCGGGGCGCGCGGGGCCCGGCGCGGGGCUGCCGCCCUACCACCGGCGCGUCGGCAUGGUCCAGGAGCUGCUGCGGAUGGUGCGCCAGGGCCGGCGGGACGAGGCGGGGACGCUGCUGCAGCACCUGCGCCAGGAUCUGGGCAUGGAGUCAACCUCAUUGGACGAUGUCCUUUACCGCUAUGCCAGCUUCCGGAACCUAGUGGACCCCAUCACACAUGACCUCAUUAUCAGCUUGGCCCGUUACAUCCACUGCCCAAAGCCGGAAGGUGAUGCACUGGGUGCCAUGGAGAAGCUGUGUCGGCAGCUGACCUACCACCUCAGUCCCCACUCCCAGUGGAGGCGGCACCGUGGGCUGAAGAGGAAGCCCCAAGUCUGUCUCAAGACUGUCCUGGCUGGGAGCCCUCCAGACAACACAGUGGACCUCUCUGGAAUCCCGCUGACCUCCCGUGACCUGGAGCGAGUUACCAGCUAUCUGCAGCGCUGUGGGGAGCAGGUGGACAGUGUGGAAUUGGGGUUCACUGGUCUCACAGAUGACAUGGUCCUACAGCUAUUGCCAGCACUCAGCACACUGCCUCGCCUCACCACACUGGCUCUCAAUGGCAAUCGGUUGACCCGGGCACUGCUUAGAGACCUCACAGACACCCUCAAGGACCCCAACAAGUUCCCCAACGUCACAUGGAUAGACCUAGGCAACAAUGUGGACAUCUUCUCAUUGCCCCAGCCCUUUUUACUCAGCCUGCGGAAGCGCUCUCCAAAGCAGGGCCAACUGCCCACCAUCCUGGAGCUGGGUGAGGGCCCAGGUGGUGGUGAGGACAACCAGGAAGGCAGCAUAGUGUGCCAGGAUGAAGCUGGGAGCCCAUGGGACCCUACCAACCAUGACAGGGAGACUGCAAGAGCAGCUCAGACGUGA